AUGUCGAAGCAACAACUUGUUCGACGGCACGUCGGCCAGAAGCUCGCGGCAUAUUAUGCACAACCUGCUAAUCUUGUCGUUGGGCAAUCAAUGUUAGUCGAUGAUUCCAACCUCUCAUCUUUGAUGGGCGAAUGGCACUGGAAGCGUGUAUUUCAACGAAUGUAUGACGAACGAGAAGGGCAUUGGCUGACACCAGUUGAGCUCUUCCGGCCACACUACUCCAAUAUCUUGGCAGAUUUCUGCGUUCAUGCAACCAAAGGGGUGGAAUCAGAUUCGGAAAUUUUUGAAUUGGGAGGAGGGCGAGGGACGAAUGCUUUGCUCAUAUUGGACCAUUUGAAAGACACACACCCAGAGCUCUAUUCCAAGUUAACCUAUACACUCGUAGAUUCAUCACCAUCUUUGCACCAGCUACAGCAAAACACACUGCUUGAAAGCGACCAUGCAGAUCGUGUCCGUUUUGAACUGAAGGACUUGAUGGAUGUUGCCGAAGCAAAAACCAUGCUACUUCCACGAUCCGACACACCAACAGUUGUACUUGGAAUGGAAGUACUUGACAAUCUGCCUCAUGAUAAAGUGAGAGCGAAGUCCCGCAAGAAAUUGGAACAGGCAGAAGUACGGAAUACACGAUAUGGUUACCAGGAGGAGAUAUUUGUACCGUUGGUUGAUCCACUUCUAAAGAAGAUCAUCAAAACGGUACCAGCAUAUACAAGACCAACCUUAGAUCCAAUAUGGGUCCCAUCGGUGGCUUAUGGAGUCAUGCUUCAUUUGUUGAAGCAACGGAAGAAUCUGGGUAUGGCAUUCGCAGACUUUGACUGGCUUCCACCACCGGAUUUGGAUAUGGAAAAAGAGCAAGAGUCUCCGAAAUCUGUGUGGAGUCACGGUGAACCAAUAGUUACUGACAUGGAUGGAACAGAUUACCAGUGUUAUCUGACCUCGCCUGAGAAUUGUGACAUCUUGUUUCCAACAGACUUUCCAAAGCUGGCACAUUUCGUGGACCGUAGCAUGACUGAGAAAAAGGAAGUGAAAGUGUUCAAGCAAAGCGAAUUUCUUCAGACUUUUGGGCCUAGUCAUGUCAAAGCAACCAAGAGCUGGUUGACAGGACAUUCCCCUUUGCUCGAUGACUUUUCCAAUUGUUCAGUUUUGACAGUAACAUCAAAUCCUGCCGCCAAAACCGAGUCAUAG